UGUUGCAACAACUGCGCCAUAAUUACUGUAAUGGCAGAACUUGGGCGGAUGUCAUGGUUUAUGGAAAUAAUCUCUGUGAUUACAUGUUUGGCAGGGUUCCAGGCUACUGCAGAACCACAGGGGUCAGUGUACGCGAGGAAUCCCGUAAAAACACAGCUAUCUACACACACAUCAGCCCAUUCUUGGCAAGUAAAAGAUGAUAUCUUCAACUCUGAUGACGUAUCAAUGAAGACUCUGCUUAGCGCCAUUCAUAAGUUACCUUCACCACAGCUACGUCACUUUCUGUACAAAGCACAACAAGGACAACCGCUGAACGUACUUGUGAUCGGCGGCUCAAAUACGGCAGGUGGUGGGUUGUAUAACUUCAAGGAAGCGUAUUACAAAGCUUUUGUCCACUGGUGGAAUCAAGUUCUGAAGCCAGAACUCGGGUCUGAGCUUAGUUUUAGUAAGGUUGCCAUUGGAGGUACUGGUAGCGAUUUCUUUACCUUCUGUCUGCAGAAUUUUCUUCCCGAGCAGGUGGACUUAGUGCUAAUCGAGCUGUCUGUCAAUGACUAUGGGUCAGCGCAUGGCUCAGCAGCCGAGCCCUUGGAAUUGCUGACAAGGCGUGUUCUACGGCUACAUUCCAUGCCGCUGGUGCUAUAUGUUAAUCUGGUAGACAGGUCCAUAUGGGAUGGUGACGUCAUGAACACACGGUGUCUUAACAUGGAAAAUCUAGGGCAGCGUGAACUCUCACAGCAUUAUGGGAUAACACAGCUCAGCUGGCGGGAAGUAGCGUGUCCGCUAGUCGAGGUGGGGGGAAAACGCAGGCGCGUCUUACGCGAAUCUAAGCUGUUCCAUAGAGACAAGUCCCAUGUGUCUAACACAGCGCACGCGCAUAUAGCAGUGAUGAUUGCAGAGUACUUCAAGGAGGCGCUCAAAACUGAGCAAGCGGAGCCACUUCAAUCACCAGCAACCCUCCCCCAGUCCUUGUACUCCGACCCACUGGUUCUAGAUUUAGAAUUAGAAAGCUCGCUAUGCCUCACGUAUCUCUCGCCCGACUGGAGGGAAGGCUAUGCACAGUCACUUGAAGCUAAUAUUACCGUAUCGGAGAAGUUCCAUUUCGUUACCCCAGCAGCGAACAGGAAAUCCUCCAAACACUUAGCAUUCCGCACCGAUGCGUACGGCGGCUGGAAAACAAAUUCGAACAACGGUAAACUCCGAAUAAGAUUCACUGUCCCGACCCUACCCCCCUUGCCCCCCGGAAGCGCAGCCCUGGGUGCUAGGUCGGUAUCUAUCAUCUACCGCUCCAAGGAUAACGAUGCUACCGCCCUUGCUUGGGUCGAUGACAGACAGAAAGAUGCAGUGCAUAUGAGGACGAACUUCUGUGGCCGUCACAUGUAUCAGACACGUGUGCUACCUUUGUUUAGUGACGUAUUGCCUGGUAUUCACACGGUGACCGUGAAGCCUUAUGGGAAGGGAGGAGAAUUUAUGGUCAGCGGUUUGAUUGUGGGUUACCAGGACUACUCGGGUUUUCUUGGUUAUCGACCUUUUGACGUGCGAAAUAAGGUUUGGAGUAAAUCGGACUACGGCGAAGCACAGUGCGAAGAACGAGAUGAAUAUAGUGAAUAAUAACUAACUCCAUUGGGACUGAACAAAACAUGUUUGCCAGGGCAGGCCAAUAGGAAGUUUCUUUUGUAAGAUUUUGUAUAGAUUAGGUCAGCCAUUUUAUGGGAAAACUAUAUAACAAUCCGCCACUUAUCACGCGCUAUUUGUGGGUUUGAAAAAAAAAAUGUAUAUAUAAAUAUUCAUAGGGGGGAGCUUCUGGAAUAUAGAGUGGUUUUCAAAAAUCCGUGAAAUACUAUUUAGUUUAUUUAGUACAAAUACACUGUAAUCUCUUUGUUCUCUUUUGUUCUGGCUUGACUAUUACACAUUAACAAUUACAUGUUGUUGCACGGGAUUUUGAAAACCACUCUAAGAGCCAGCGCAUAAGAAAAUAGAGGUAUAAAGAAAGUAUCAGUGUUAAAUAGGAAAAAGGAUGUUCCAGGGGUUUGUGAAAACCAAAGCUAUGCAUAAACAACGACAACAACAAAAAUAUAUCACGCACAAUAUAUUUUUAUUACUCGCAAUUAUUAUUUCACAGGAAAUGCACAUAUUUACAAUAAAAUUGGUACAAAAUAAAUACUGCCUUCCUUGCUUGAUCGAUAUAGAUCGAGCUAUAUAUGGUAUUAUGCCGCAUUCAAACUCAAACUGAGCUACUCAGAAUAAAUAGCUGCUGCUAAUGCUACCCUUUUUAUAAAAAUAGUAUUUUGCAGGGGCCGCGCACCGGGGAGGGGGGCUAUAGCCCCUCCCCCUCUAAAAAUUUUUCG